UGGGGCCCCCGGGCAAUAGGGGAUCAUGGGGUCCCUGUGUCCUCACCCACACUUAAACCACAUCCAAAAAACCUAUGAAAGGUACCAGGGGCAUCUCAUGGGGCCCCCUACUGACCCCGGGCCCUCGGGCAGUGCUCGAGUUUCCAAAUGGUCAGUCCGCCCCUGGUCCAAUCAAUAAUAAAGACGGCCCUGACGAGAGCCACCAUCCUCAUCAUCUGGUGAAAUGUGCCGAGUCUGGUGUCAUCCAUUCC